AUGUCGUUUAAUACGAGUACGAGUCUAAGAACCCAGCAUGAUUUCACCGCGAAGCUUGAGGUGGCUCGUUGGAUCGCGUGUGCUCUCUGGUUGGUCUAUUUUACCGUCGGUUUGCCAGGGAACCUUCUGAUUCUCUUCGUCUACCGGGCCAAGAGAUUCCGCACGACCACUCAUGUCUUCAUCGGUGGACUGGCCGUGGCUGAUCUCCUCACCUGCCUGCUAAGGUUAGCAGACGCCGUGGCCAUGGCUUCGGUGCGUCGGUAUCUCGACUACGACCGCCAGAGUGCCGUAAAUUUCCUCAGCCGGGGCUUUAUGUACACCACGGCCUUACUGACCACAGCAAUCGCUCUGGACCGCUUCGAUGCCGUCUGUCGAUCCCUCUGCCGUAGCAUAACACUCAGACGCGCCAAGAUUGGUACUGUUGCCUGCUUCGCUGUGGGCUUCAUCGGGAUACUUCCGGAGGCAGGUCAUAAGAUCCACGAGGGUCUCCAAGGAGAAGUGACGUCCGACACAUUUUUCAUACGAUCCGUCGUGAAAUUCAUCCCCGUGUCGUUGUACAUCUUAUCUCUGUUUGCUGUUGCCAUAUUCUACGGUAUCAUCUUUAGGUUUGUGCGAAAACGCGGCAGGAUUGUUGCUAUGUUGCGGGAAGCUUCUACGCAUCGUGGCGAACACGCAGAGUCAGAACUGACCGCCGGUUCGAAUUCCCUCGAAGUCGCUUUCGUGGUCAGCAGUGCUAGGGCAGUGCCGUCUACCAUGAGCCAGCAAUCACCAAGUCAAGAUGAACGGGGAGGUGAGGGGAGCAGCAUCCGACCCAAUCCGCCUCAAGCUGCCAGCAGUCGUGUCACCACCAGACCCCAUCCUACCAACUCCCAAUCCCGUACCACCAAGAUGCUGUUCAUCGCUACCUUCCUGUUCUUCGUCCUGUGGUUUCCAAAUAUCUACCUGAAAUUCUACGCUCUCGGCAGUCUGUUCAAGGACUUCUCCAAAUCCUCUGAUCACGCCAACGUGGUGGCUGCUUUGCUUGUCCUCAAAGACAUCGUAUACUUCAACAGUGUAAUCAAUGCUUUCGUGUACAGCAUAGCCAACAAGCGAUUUCGAGUUGAGUGCCAGAUCCUGAUUCGACGGAUGCGUGCGCGAUUGUAA